UAAUAAAACCCAAACAUGUCAACAUCAAAUCCAGUGGCUCACAGUCGAGAAAUAGAUCGGCAAUUUCAAUAUCCACCGUCCGUUUCUCUCCGCCCCUUUGCUAUUUUUGUUUCCUUUCCGCUUCCUGGGAAUCGAUCGGAUCCGCGCCUGCGUCUGCCCAGGGAAGGGAAGGGAGACGGCACCGCGCUCUCCUCGGGGAGCCAUCGGCCUGUCCCCGUCGCCGGAGGCUUGGAUCUGGCGGACAUGGGGAAUUCGCUUGGGUGCUCGGCUUCCGGCGAGCGCCUGGUGUCCGCGGCCAGGGACGGCGACCUCGUCGAGGCCCGCAUGCUGCUGGAGUUCAACCCUGGCCUCGCCAAGUACUCCACCUUCCGUGGCCUCAACUCGCCUCUACAUUUCGCCGCCGCCAAGGGCCACAGCGAGAUCGUCACGCUGCUGCUGGAGAAUGGGGCCGACGUGAAUCUGAGAAACUAUUGUGGCCAGACAGCGUUGAUGCAAGCGUGUCGGCAUGGGCAUUGGGAGGUGGUGCAGACUCUGCUCAUCUUUAGAAGCAUCGUGACGAGAGUGGACUAUUUGAACGGCCGGAGUGCACUGCACUUUGCUGCGGUGGGGGGACAUGUGCGGUGCAUUAGGCUGCUGGUGGCGGAUUUCAUCCCAAGCGCGCCGUAUGACAUAAUUGCGGCAGAUAAGGAUAGUACAGGCAGCCCGGAGCGUUCUUCAGACCAAAAAUAUGAUCGGUCUGCACUGAUGAAGUUUAUUAACAAACCUGCCGAUGGCGGCAUCACGGCAUUGCACAUGGCAUCUUUGAAUGGCUACAUUGAUUGUGUACAACUCCUACUGGAUUUAGGUGCUAACGUCUCUGCAGUUACAUUUAACUAUGGGUCGUCCUCCAAUUUGAUAGGAGCUGGAAGCACUCCUUUGCAUUAUGCAGCUUGUGGAGGGAAUCUUAAAUGUUCCCAGAUUCUCCUUGCUAGAGGUGCUAGCCGGUUGACAUUGAACUGCAACGGAUGGCUUCCGCUUGAUGUUGCAAAAAUAUGGAGACGGCGUUGCUUGGAACCAUUAUUGAACCCAAAUUCAGAACUGAAUAUACCUGUGUUUCCACCAUCAAAUUACCUUUCCUUGCCACUCAUGAGUGUACUUAACAUAGCCAGGGAGUGUGGGUUGCAGCCUUCAGUUAUAUCUGAUAAUUAUGAUCUCUGUGCUGUCUGCCUUGAAAGAACUUGCAGUGUUGCUGCAGAAGGCUGUGGCCAUGAACUCUGUGUUCAGUGUGCACUCUAUCUUUGUUCAACAAGCAGCACUCUUUCUGCAAUUGCUGGUCCACCAGGCUCAAUUCCAUGCCCUCUAUGCCGAAACGGAAUAGUUUCUUUUGUCAAAUUACCGUCAACCCCAGCAAAAGGGUUGAAGCCAAACUUAGCGCUCACCCUCUGCAGCCCCUGUAUUCUAACUCCUCGCUCAGUUGAUAACUCCAACUCAAGUAGAGUAGAGGCCCGUAGGAAUCGGACAGCUUCUUCUGAGCUUGUGUGCCCGCUAAUUUGUACCCCAUUCUCUGGUUUCAUUCCCUCCAACUAUGAUGAUGAGCCAUGCUCAACAAGUGAACCCCAAGUGGAAGCGCAACCACAAUCAGCGCGCUCGACGCUGGCUACUUUCAGCGAGCUGGAAAAAAUAGAUGAGCAAAGAGCUGAUUCUAGCUGCUCUGGUAUGCUCUGGGGUCGAAGAAGCUGCAACAGGGAGCAUCAGUGCAAUUCCGAAAUAAAUGCUUGAAUUCUGCCUGCUUGUGAGCCGAGAUGAAUUCCAUCGGUUUCGCUCCUUGAAGUCUUCAUAUUUUAGUUCGAAGGGCACUGGCAAAGGAGUUGUGUAUAAAAUAUGUCCAUUAAUUUGAAAUGGUUUGUGCGAGAAUUUCUUGCAUAAUUGUUAUGUCAAAGAUCUUUGAAGUUUGCAUCCCUUCAAAUUGGGUAUAAUGUGUGAAAUAUUGUGAAUGGGAUAAAUUGGAUUGAUUCAAAAAAAUCUUGUUGCC